GGUAGGGGGACGGAGAGGGAUUGGAGGGGGGGAGAGGAGGGGAGGAAAAAACGGCGAGGAGCAGUUUUGACAGCAGAGAAGGCGGCUGGCGCCUUCUUCGGAUCGUCAUCGUUCAGGAGGCCGCAGGACGAGGUAGGGCAUGGAGAAUGGACUGAUUAGUGGCGGCGGCGGCGGCGGAGGAGGAGUCGGAGGAAUCGGAGGUGGCCCAGCUGGCCAUGGCGUACCGCGCGGAGAUCGCAGGGGAAACCACAGUCCUUAUCGCGGCGGGGGAGGUAGUGGAGCAAUGCUAUCGGGGGGAGGACAUGGAACGCGGUCGUCCGCCUCGCCAGGGAGAGGCGGAGGGGGAGGGGGAGGAGGAGGGUCGGUAACAGAGAGUCUGGGUGGAAAAGGGGGGCCUGGCAGCGGAGGAGGUAGCGGCUUCGGGGGGGGAAAGAGCAGCCGGGGCGGAGGGGGAAGCGCGGAGGGGGGAGGAGGAGCGAACGCGGCACAACAUGCCUUUAGCGGCACCACAUCAACUACCUCGGCGGGACUGCGAUCCUCCAGCACACCACCGUCUUCCUCAUCAUCGGCACCUAGAUCGUCGAGCACAGCGGCAGCAGGGAGAAUGGAGAGCGUAGGGCAUGCACCAACCGACAAGGAAUUGCGCGCGCGCAAACGCAUAGAGUCCAAUAAGUAUGAUCUGGAGGCGUGGGGAUGGCUGACGACCGAAGCCCAGGCACGACCGGCAGAGAGUGCAGCCCUCUACGAGUUCAUUCUGUCUUGUUUUCCAUCCUCCGCUCGGCACUGGAAGAUGUACGCUGAGACGCAGAUUAGCGCAGGAAACGAUGACGCGGUCAAGAGCAUCUUCAGCCGUUCUCUGCUUAAUUGCCUCCACAUUGAUCUGUGGAGGUGCUACCUGCGGUAUAUCAGGAAAGUAAACGAUGGGAGAGGGGUAGAGGGAAGGGAAGAAACGAAGAGGGCAUUCGAAUUCAUGCUCGAGCAUGUGGGGUACGACAUAUCAGCGUGUCAAAUAUGGAUGGAAUAUAUAUCCUUUUUGAAAUCAAUCCCUGGAGGCACCGCGCAGGAGGAGAGCCAGCGGAUGACUGCGAUCAGGAAAGUGUACCAGAGGGUAAUACUUAUUCCGAUGCAUGGGAUUGACGGGCUGUGGAAGGAUUACGAGUCGUUUGAGAAUAGCGUGAGCCGAGCACUGGCAAAGGGUUUGUUAGCGGAAUACCAACCAAAGCACUUUAGUGCGAGAGCUGUAUAUAGAGAGAGAAAGAAGUAUUUCGAGCAUCUUGAUCUUGGCAUGCUUGCUGUCCCCCCUUCGGGAUCCCUUAAGGAUGAACAACAGUGUGUCAACUGGAAGAAAUUGAUUGCCUUUGAGAAGUCCAAUCCACAAAGGCUGGACGCAGCGAUGUGUGCAAAGAGGGUUGCCUUUACUUAUGAACAGUGUUUGAUGUACCUGUACCAUUACCCCGACAUGUGGUACAAUUAUGCCACGUGGCAGGCAGAACAGGGCCAGCAUGAUCCCGCGGUCCGCGUCUUCCAGCGUGCGCUGAUGGCUCUUCCUGACUCCGCUGUCUUACACUAUGCCUUUGCAGAGUACCAAGAAUCCAACGGCAAUGUCAGGGACGCAAGAUCCGUCUACGAUGCACUCAUCCGGAACGAUGCUGCUGCCAAUGCUCUUGCCUAUAUUCAGUUCAUGAGGUUUAUCAGACGAACGGAGGGAGUGGAUGCAGCGCGCAAAGUAUUUAUGGCAGCACGUAAGUCACCCAUGUGUACCUACCACGUCUACGUGGCCUCUGCUAAGAUGGAGCUGUGCAUCGACAAAGACCCCAAGGUUGCCCGAAACAUCUUUGAGCUGGGACUCAAGAAGUACAUCCAUGAGCCGGCGUAUAUUUUAGAGUACCUUGAUUUCUUGAUGCAAUUGAACGAUGACCGCAACAUAAGGGCACUGCUAGAGCGGGCGCUGAGUGUGUUACCCCCGGAGGAGUCGGCAGAGGUAUGGGAUAAGUUCCUGGAAUUUGAACUGUUGUACGGAGAUCUGCAGAGCGUACUGAAGGUGGAGAAGAGGAGAAGGGAGGUGCUACAAGACGGAGGCGAGGGGACGAACACCCUGCUGCUUGAUGACCGCUUGGAGCAGCUGGUAUCCCGAUACAGGUACCUGGAGCUUUGGCCCUGUUCGCCUGGUGAGCUGGAGCACGUGGCAAGGCAGCAGUUGCUUCUACAGAAGGCGGCAGCCGCCAAGUCGGCGGAUAGAACCCAGCAAGGUGCGGCCUUUAGAGGGCAUGCUUCGUCGAGUAAUAUGGUCCACCCGAUAGAUCAAGGAGGGCCACCGCCAAACCCGCCGACUGUUGUGACAGCGCCAACAAACAUUGUGAGGCCCGAUGUGGGUGUUAUGGCGGUGUAUGACCCCAGACAAGGGCUGAGUGGACCCAUACCCGGGGGACCGUCGGGGCUGCACCCUACUUUGGCGGGGUCUAUGUUAGGACCGGCCCCUUUGGCGUUUGGGGGGGCCUUGUUACCAAUGCCGCCGCCUCAUCUGCUGCCACCCAACCCCAUGAUCCAAACCCCCUUGCCUCCAGGAAUGAUGCCUCUACCGCCACCGGCAGCAGCCCUGAUCAGCGGCGGAGGACGGAGUGGAAGCAGCAUUAGCUCGGGUCGACCGCCUGUACCUCCGCUCCCUCCGGGACCUCCUCCAGGCACCAUUGUUCGGCCCAUUGUCGAUGCCAACACCGUCGGACCCACAGCAGCGGCAACUGUGACCACCACUCCAGGACCAGGGAUGAAGUCGGCAGUAGGAGUUGAUGAUGCUGUCCUUAAGCAGCUGCCUCCAGCAGUGGCCCUCUUCUUCUCCAUGCUUCCCCCAAUUCCAGGGCCUUAUCCGGAUCCCGAUUUGGUGAUUUCUAUUCUGAUGCAGUCUGACCUGGCAAAGAUACCAGGCUCUGAAGUGUCAUUUGCAGAAAGUGCGAGUGCGCCCACACCGGCAGCUCUGGUACUGUCACAUAGCCCCAUCCAUGCUUCUAUGGGACCACAGAGGAUCGAUGGCGGAGCUGGCCAGUUGAUACAACCAACACCUCAUCCGAUGGCAUAUCAUCAUUCACACCAUCAGCAGCAGCAGCAGCAGCAUGAGCAGUACAAGGCAGCAGUGCAACAGCAGCAAAAGGAACAUGAAAAGCAUCACAAGGCAGGCGGGUCCGGAGGAGGAGGGGUUGCAGGUAGUGGAACAUCAGGACAACAGCAGCGCCAGCAAGGCGCAUUUGGGAAAAGAAAGGAACCUGAAAGAAUGCAGGACGACGAUGAGGACGAUGUUCCAGCUGCACAUAAUCAGCCACCGCCACGAGACAUCUUCAGAAUGCGACAAAUGCAGCGCGCUCGAGGAAGUUCUUCAGGAGCUUCUUCAACCCCUACAAGUGGGAGCGGCGACGGAUAGAUAAGAGAAAGGAUGUGCAAAUCCUCUUUUUUCUUUCUCAAUUUGCCAGGCUAGGAAGAGAAUAGCUUGUUUCAGUGGUAGAGGGCGGCAUGGAGAAAUGCUGAGUGCUUUUUUUCGCCUUUGGCCAGCGAAUGUUGCCACCACUGAGUGUCAAAUAAAGUAGCGUAUUUUGCAACCCUUGGUCAGAAUAUCACUAUGAUUCGAGUUGAACCCGAUUUUCGUGCAGCGUGCACCCCGUCGUGUACCCCAUUUCCAUGCACCACAGGUUUCGGUGCACCAUAGGGCCACAUAGUGAAGCAUAGAGUCAUCAAGGAGUUGAAACGCCGGCCAGAAUAGCGAGGACCGCUCUAGUUACCGUAGUGGUUUUCACAAAAACGUUUUGUAGCAUGUGUUCGGCGUCUGUUUGGUUUUCACAAAAACGUUAGAAUUUUGUGGAUCGAGCUUGCCUCUGUCUGACCCGAUUGCUGCUGCGCAGCUGCAGAGCACAUCUCAUCCUGGAGAGUGCGAAUGUCUCUGUCUAGAUCUCGUAUGAGUCGUAGCCAAGUGUUGAGGAUUUGUCCAGCAGGUUCCUGAGACUACCUGCUACUACUUCCAAGUCCCAUACCAUCACUUCUUGGCCGAUGGAUUCUCGGGCUUCUCGUAGACAUGGUUGGGGGGUCAAUCAAGUGCUGUCUGGAUCCUUCAAAGUGGCCCCUUUCAGAACUGGUUGGGGGUCAAUCGAGUGUGGUCUUGAAUAUUCAAAGUAGCCCCUUUUAGAACUGGCUGUGCUUGACAGGGGAAGAAAAAUUUUGGGGAAGGAGGGGGGAUGCCGAGGACCAUAUCUUCAGUUCGCUUGACGAUGUGUUUAGUAUUGCAGCAGUGACCCCAAGCCUUCACAUUUUCACGAUGGGGCUGUGCGAUUUUCAUUGUCACAGAGAACAAUGUCGUACGAGUUGAGUGGAAGGGAGACCAAGGCAGGCAAGACCUGUGAGGGAGGAUGAGCGACAGUUGAUUGGAUGUUCCGGCCGGUCCAUUGCAUAUGGGCUAUGACUUUAUAUUCGACCUUUUUUCGUUUCUCUUCUUUUUCGGAUUCAGCUUUCGUUUGUCCCCUACAAAGAGGAUCGCAUGUAUUCAUGUUGGAGCAGAUUGAGCAGAUCCAAAGUACUCAGCGAAUGUGAUGGGGGGAGACGUCACACGAAGAACAGAAUGUGGCCAGCGUUGAGCGGGGGGAGAAUAGGGAAGGUAGCAAGUCCAGGAAGUUAGGAUGAGCGAGACUGUUGAUUGGAGGGGGAAGGACAGGGGAGGAGGCGAAAACCAGGGCAACAGUUUGAUUGGAUGGAUUAUUCGAGAGGGGACGACAGGGAAGGCCAGACCAGGAGGGGAGAGGAUUAGCGACUUCGGAUCCAAUACAUCUGGGCGAACGAUGUUUAUUUGACUUUGUUCUUUUCUCUCUUCUUUUUCGGGUUCGGUUUUCGUUCGUUCCCUACAGGAAGAUCACAUGUAUUCGUGUUGAGCAGAUAUAGAAACUGCUCAGCGAAUGUGAUGCGGGAGGGAGACAUCGAUUGGUACAGUGGCACAUUGUGCCCUCUUGUGAGUAGAAUGACAGCAUGCCUCUUGUGAGUAAAAUGACAGCAUAACAACAAUUGACUUGAUAUUCCAGUCCAUUGCAGCUGGGGUAUUUGUAUUGUAUUCACGCACGUUGUUUUUUUUCACUCUUUUCAGGUUUGGUUUUUGCGUUUGCGUGUCGGAGCAUCGCAUGCAUUUGCACUUUAAACGCGACCAGUACCUUUCUUUACCUGCUUGAAAAACAAAUAAGCGCCCGUUAA